AUGGAAGCAGCAUUUUUCACGUCCUACUCACUGGCUUGUGAGCAAGGCAGACGCUAUUGCGUGAAAACUAGUUCUCCCUCACAGAAACAGCACCGGGUAUCAGGGAAGAACUAUGACCGACCUAGAAAUUACGACACUGGGUUUGUGGAUUCCGUUGGAAUGGAUUUCUUUCCUGUCAGAGGGGAAGAUUUGUCACAAGACGAGCAAGUCAAAGACGUGACACAAGAAGGGACUGGAUCUGAGAGCGGUCAGAUAGACAGUAGGGCUGUCUCGAAGUGGGACAUGGUUCGAAAGUUGGUUUCUGUCCAGGAGUGGGAGUCACAGAAGCAGAUAUCCUUGAAUUUCGAUGGGGCCUCGGAUCGAUUCUCCUCCUCUGCUCCCAAAUUCGACAACAAACAAUCAAGAUACCACAACACUAUCAGACACAGUAUUUCCCACAGCGAGAGAUGGUCCACACCUUCAAUCAGCAAUAGUUCAAUGGACCUAGAUCGAGGACACGCUAGGCUUCCAGCCCUCUCUCCAACAAAUCCAAAACCCUUGAAUGUCCGCAAGCAAUCAAGCCAAGUUUAUCCCACCCCGAGUCAACAGCAAUCGAAUCCAUACAAUCCCUCCCAAGGACAUUUCGAAACCCCAGUCUAUCCACCUCGAAUUUCUUCUAUUCGCGAACGUUGGCAACCAAACGAAAGCGCCCAAGCUCGCGCGACGCGUAUCAAGACCGCUUCUGCAGUUGACAACAGUGCACAAUCAACACUGUCAAACUACAGAGUACAUUAUCUCUCCGAUACUUCCAUUGACGUGCCUUCUACACCCAACACCACGGCUCGGUCGAUACUCUCCAGCUACAAAGAAAGCUAUCUCUCCGACCUCCCCGACACGUCACCUGGAAUCAUGGGCGAUUUUGUACCGAUCGACUCAUCGGAUAUGGCGUAUAGGCCAGCAAAAGGGGAGGACAGUAAAGUUUUGUUUCACCCCACCUGCAAGGCCCGAAAAGUCACGAAUGUUGUAAACCCUUAUGAGUUCGAGCCAUCCUCCCCGUAUAGUAAUGAGGCGCGUCAGACCAGGAUCACCGACUUCAUAGAUAGCCAUGAAGGCACUCUUGUUUAUAGCCCACGGCUUUCACACAUGAAGAAUUCCCGUUCUGAGGGAAAUGCGACUUACAUGACGCGUCGAUCUGAUCCUACGGCUCACGAAUCGAAGCCAACUGGCUAUGCGAUGCAUAGGAGCGAGUCUUCUCCAAGUCAUGAGUCUAAGCCAACUGGCUAUGCGAUGCAUAGGAGCGAGUCCUCUCCAAGUGUUGCGCCACUCCGAUUCCCUACAUUUCGAGGCGGAUCACUAAGCUCCGAACUUAGUUCAUAUUCCCUGGAAGAUGAUGGAUCUGCCUCCCACGCUCGCCGUGGCCGUCAACAGAAUGAACAUGAAGGCCGCCAUGACCGCCAAGAUGUGGACACAGGGAUGUUUGCUCCAUCUUCUUCUCGUCAGUCGACUAAGGAUUAUGCUCGAAAGUCACGGUCCCGCUCUCCUUCUCGACUGCCACACCAGGAGUCAAUGCAUUCUUAUGCGUACUCUCGUAACCUUCCUAGCUCGCCCACCAAGAUCCUUGGCAAUGUUUCCGAGCGCGAUGAGCAGUCCCAAAGCCCGCCGUGUACUCCGCCCAAGAAGAGAUCUCGCUCGCCAAUGAAGAGGAUGUUUGGAGAACACGGCUGGCUUGGGCCAUCGCCUGAUGAGAAGCCAGAGCAUAAUUUACGCUCCAAGAAAUCAUUUCUUCCUCGUAACGAAGAUUCGCCCAAUCGGAAGAAGACUACGAUGAUGGGAAAGCUUAAGACUAAACUUGAGGAAAUUGCUGAAAAGGCAGAUCUGAGUCCAAUGUUCAAGUCCGACCACGAAAAGCCCGCCAAAUCGAUCCUGCUCUCAAUAUCCCUUGGACCGGCUGAGCAGGCCAGAAUCUACAUGGAAGUAGAACUCAUGUUAGUUCACACAGCCAACAACUUUCUCAUGAACCAAUUCAGCCAAGGUCGAAUUGCUGUGGACUCAAUCAAGAAAACCGUCGACACGUGGAAAAGCAAGGGCAGACCAGUAGUGAUCGAGUUCAUGUAUGACCAAACAACCCAGCGCGAUCUUGUUGCAGCUAAUCAGCACAACUUUCGAUUCCACGGUGAUGGGGCGGGUAGUGAACAUCGAGUCAAUUCAAUGUUAUACAAUUGGAAGCAGGUCGCAAGCCAAAUGUCGAUUCGCACCUUCUGCAAUGCAGAUACAGUCGUUUUGAAGCUUCUUUUCGAUAUUGGCCAGGUCCUUGAACUCCUGGGUGCUGGAGAGCCAAUGAUGCUCAGACUUCAGAACAUCCGAGCCAUUGCUAGUGAACAUAUGCGGAUUGCUCACAAGAAGGACAUCAAAUCUGGAACCCAGGCCCCUGCCCAAGGUCGAAUGAUGGCUUGGAACGUACAAUCUUCAGUCGGCAACAUCCCUAAUGGCCAACCGCCCAUGGAGGAUGCUUACGGUGGCCUAAAGCUUGUACCAGACUCCUACACCAACUAAUCUUGAAAUACACCACUUCUGAGCCCUCCACCACGCUGAGGCGGGGAUAUGUACAGCAUGAUUUUAUGUAUGAGUCCCAUCCAUUGCACGACUACAAUUUUUCUGUUCUUUUCUUUUCUUUUCGUUCCCCUCGUCAGCGCUCGUCAGCGUCUCGGACACGCGCCAUCUUCCUAUUCCGUGGGCACAUUGGGUCCGUUCCUGAGAUUCAACCUUUUCCAAAUCGGCGCAUUCGGUGGCAGCUUCCUCAAUCUUGGGUCAUCACCUCGAUGUGCCUCUCGUCUAAUAAUGUUCAUAAAAGGGUUGGCUCUUAUCUUGACCUUUGCCCAUUUCGUCUCGCGUCAAGCAAAUCAGUUUUCUUUUGUCCUGUGGGAGGAGUGGAAGGAGUGGGAGAAGUGGAGGAAAGCUGCAGG